CAUCACAAAAAAGCUGCCACAAGAACGUGUUAAAAAUGCCAAAACAUACACUUUUCAUCAGCAUGGGUCUUAAAGUUUUCACCUCAUUCCAGAUGUGUUCGUCUGAAUUUGGGGUUUCCAUGAAACCUGUUUUGAACAAAAGAGGGAAGACGUGACAGCUUUCAGCGUUUUGGCUCAAAAAGCGUAGAUGUGGAGUUGCAUCCCAAGCACCCUGCCUCUGUGAUGGGAUUCUGGUCCAGCGGGGAGAGUGGUUAGGUCGAGCUGUGGCUGGAUGGCUGGCUGGUUGGCCAGUGAGGCUACACUGGAAUGCGGGGUCUUUUGUUUGUCUGAGAGAGGAGUGGGUCAGGGGGAGAAUGCCAUUGAUGAUUGCAGAGAGGAAGAAUGAACCUCCAGGAAGUGUUCUAGCUGUCCCUGCUCCCCCACUCUUAUUCUCUCUGCCUCUAUCUUUUCUCUGUGUGUGAGAACCUUCACCGUGCUGAGCCUCUCUCCACUGAGGCCACGGUCCGCAGGCACAACCACUGCUUUGUCUUGCCCUGUGAACACACACACCCCUCCUCUACUGGGCGCCUACGUUUGCCAGGUCCAGAUAAUCACAGGGCUGCUCCUAUUCUUAUCCGCAUUGCUGCUCCUGCACGGAUGUGUAUCUUGAAAGCAAGUUUCUAAUGUUGGCAAACACUCGGAAAAUGUAAGUGUGAGUUCUGCUGUAAAACCUUUUUUUUUUUUCAUUAGAUCCAUUUUGCGCUGAUGUCCUCCCUCCUCAACUGAAAACGUCAGGCUAAAAAUGGAGUAAAGCGGUAAGUGGACAAGAAUCUAGCUGGUGGCCCCUUCUUGCCGGUGGCUGACACUUCCCGUCACACCGCUCCAUUCCUCACCAUGUCAGAAGGGCUGCAAGAAGCUGUAAAUGGCCCUUUCAAAAACGCACAACAGCUGGAAGACAGGGCAAAGGUGACUGAAGCGGUUGGGGGAGUGCGGGAGGCAGUGGGGGAAAGAGGAGGAGAGGGGCCACGAGAUGAGCAGCUGCAACUUCAAGCCUCCGUUUCUCUAUUUUGUCACCAUCCAGUGCUUUUUAAAUGAUUGAUGGACACUCUGCUUUUCAAAAAGCUAAACAAAUAAUUGACGUUUUUUGAAAAAAAAAAAAAAAAGAUUUUAAAAUCACCACAGCUUUUGUCCUGAGAUGGUCCGAGCACAAUAAAUCACCUCCAACGCCUGGUUCUGUCUGGGAAAACAAAGGCAGGGGUUGGUCCGGUGCCAGGGAAUUCCACGACUCAAAGCAGGAUUAUAGAGAACAGCUUUUGAAAAGAUCCCAAAAGACUGACCUUCUGCAGUAUGCAUAAAAUGUGUGAUUUACACUUUUUUGAUCACUUCUGAUGCCACAGAUAGGAGUUUUCUGGGAGUCAAAAGAGCUUCUUUUAUCCAAAGCAGAUGUAAAAAAAAUUAAAAAAAGAACACAUGCAACAGUUUUUCCCUAAGGCUUUCUAAAUUGUUUAAAUUUCAAGUCUGCUUCGGAACUAAGUUCAAACAGCUCCAAAUUUCUGUGAAAUGCUAGCGUCUAUAAUUUUAUUUUUUUCCAAAACUAUGUCCAAAAAUUAAGACUUUGUUUUUUUUUUUACAUUUCCUGCAGUUGUCCACACUAAAAAAGCUGAAUUCGUUGAAAGCCCACCCUGUUGGUGGGACAGGUGUUUUAAUAAGAGCCAAUUGAUGCCCUCCACCCCCCACCCUCUGCUGCUCCUUGCUUCACACAGCGCCGCUGAACUUCUGCCGGCGAUAUCGCGAGACUUGUGCCAUUAUCAACCUGCUUGACACACAGCAGCGCUGAGUGCAGCCUGCCUUCCCAGGGUCGGACCGGAGCUCAAGAAACGACAAGGCGAAGCGAACAUCUGGCUGCACAUCAUGAAAGGACGGCGGGGUUUAUAGGAGGAAAAAAACAAAGAAAAGAGAGACGACUGAAGCGGGCGGGAUAAGUGUUAUGAAGGAAGAAUGGAGUUCCCAGACCAUAGCCGCCAGUUGCUGCAGUGUCUGAGUCAGCAGCGUCACCAAGGUUUCCUCUGUGACUGCACUGUUCUCGUCGGGGAGGCUCGAUUCAAAGCGCACAGAGCCGUGCUGGCCUCCUGCAGCAUGUACUUCCAUCUCUUCUACAGGGAUCAGCCAGACAAAAGGGACGUUGUGCAUCUCAACAGUGACAUUGUGACAGCCCCGGCUUUCAGUCUGCUCCUUGAAUUUAUGUAUGAGGGGAAGUUAGAGUUCAGCACUCUGCCUGUGGAGGAUGUUCUGGCAGCAGCCAGUUAUCUUCACAUGUAUGAUAUAGUGAAAGUGUGCAAAGGUAAGCUGAAAGAUAAGGAACUUUCCUCCUUGGAUGAAAAGAUGGGUGAGGGUUUGGGACUGGGCUGUUUGGACAGGGAGAAUUCCUCGGAUGGCGAGCUGCACACUAAGCAGCCCAUUCAGCGACAGCUCCAGACACAGUCCCAGGGGCUUCACAGAGCCCCCCCUGCAGAAGAGUUUGACAUCGACAACAGUGAAGUCAGACUGGCUGUCACAGAUUGUGAUAGGUCGACGCAGAGCCGGCAGCAGGCGAACGGUCAUUCUGGCAGGUCCCCGGACCUUGUAGGUGUCAAUUAUGUGUCAGCAGAGGCCGAGCCCUGCGUCCAAACAGCUGGAAAAACAAAAGCUGAUGUCAGUAGUUCCACCGUAUUGCUGUCCCAGAGGUCCCGGGCUUCAGAUGACAUGGACUGUGCACUGGAUUUGUCUUUCAAGCCUCUGUCUAGCAGAGAUCCCUUACACCCCUCCUACGUCUCGGGACAGCUGGCCCUCGACAGCCAGCAGCAGGGCACAGAGCCACUUGUUAAAGACGAACACGACUUGCUGUCAGAGCAGGAGGACAGUGAGCCGAUGAGCCCCGAAAGCCAGCGCUAUGGGAAUAGUGCCAGGAGUUCAGUGGUGACAGGGUUCGCUGCCCUCUUCCAAGGCAACAACGGUGCUACAGCCGCCCUGCUCUCCCAGGAGGAGGACCUGAUGGACGAGGAGGGGGACGCCUGCCGAGGGAGGGAGGGCGCCCCAGGCAGGGAGGUGGACGGGAGGGGCAGGCUGCUGGGGGACAGCGAGGAGGAGGAGGAGGAUGACCUGGCCUCUUCAGACAUCUCCACUUCCAGCGGGGUGCUGUUGCCCCCAGGGCAACAGGUGUGCGUGUGUCCCCUGUGCAGUAAAUGCUUCCCCAGCCCCCACGUCCUGCAGCUGCACCUCAGCUCGCACUUCCGGGAGAAGGACGGCGCCCGCUCCAAGCUAUCUCCAGACGGCUCUGUCCCCACAUGCAUCCAGUGCAACAAGACCUUCUCCUGCAUGUACACCCUCAAGCGUCACGAGCGCACGCACUCUGGCGAGAAGCCAUACACCUGUGGCCAGUGCGGCAAGAGCUUCCAGUACUCCCAUAACUUGAGCCGGCACGCUGUGGUCCACACACGUGAGAAGCCUCAUGCCUGCAAGUGGUGCGAGCGCCGCUUCACUCAGUCCGGGGACCUCUACCGCCACAUCAGGAAAUUUCACUGUGGCCUUGUCAAGACUCUCGCCAUUGGAUAAAAAUGCCUCUCACCAGUGCCAUGACCCCAGACAGAAUGUCUGUCUUUCUUUUUUUUUUUACACUGAAACAUACUACUGAUCAAGUUUUGCUGUUAUUUUUUUCUCCUCUUUUUUGUCAGAGACAUAUCUGUUUGAUCCUCACCCCCCCACCCCCAUGUGGCAUUUCUCAAGUUUGAACACACAGCAGCAAAUCUCCAGCUGUCUCCUGCUCUGCACUGUGUGGAAGCAUGCACGGUGGUCAGAAGCAGUCAGGCAGGCGUGCACAGGCUGUUCAGAAGAACACGAAGGCUGUCAAGCUCAAGCUGAAUGAUGUUGCACUUGUUUGAGUUUAGAAAACGCUUAGAAGAAGAAGAAAUAAUAAGCACACGCUCAUGUCUUUGUGGAGACACAUAAUGCUAACACGCAAUCGUAAGAGUUAGAUUUUAUUUGUGCAAAUGGGAGAUCCAAACCGUCCGUGAGUAGUAAUAUUCUAUUUUGGAUUUAACAACUCCAUUUAUUAUAUUUAUUACUUUUUUGAGAUUGUAGUUCUGAAGUGAAAUAUCACAAGGCAGCAAAGCUUAUGAAGUCUGAUUACUGGAAGUAUGUUUUCUUUUCAUGGAAAGUGUUUUAUUAUUAUUUUUUUGUGUGUGACUAAGAAACAGACCAUCAACUCUCUGUUAAUUUAUUUAAGUUUUAUUUUUUUGCCUUGGGUUAAGUUAGAAGUCCUUUCUUGAUUUCCUCUGCGAGUGAACACAUUUUGAUGGGUUUACACUUAACAAGAGGUUAUCAACUUUAAAAACUAAUACCUGUGACUCUGGUACUCUGCACUGAAACUCCUGGUGUACUUACAAAACAAAUGUAUGGCCAACUUUUUUUUCUUCUUUCUUUUGUCAAAUGAAACAUUUUGGAGGCCUCGAAAAACUUUAAACAUGCAAGGUAUUUGCAAAGGUAACGAUUAAUCUUUAGCUGAUAAAAAAAAAAACAACUGGAAUGGAGCGGUGUGAUGGGAAGUGUCAGCCGCCGGCCACAACUCAAUCCAGUUUUUGUGACAUGUUUCAUAGCUUAAUGGAUCAUUUUCCUAUCAUGACAAAGAUGGAAUUUAAAACGCAAGAGGGCAGGACUAAUGGUGGAUAGUGUAAACACUGUCAUCAAAGCUGUGCCAUUCAGCUCAGUCUGCUGGCUUUUCUUUAUGUUGAACCUCAUUUCUCUGAGCGGAUGUUACUACUGAUGAAGUCUCAAGUGAUGCUUCCUUUAAAAGAAAUACUUCAGGCUGGAAAGAUGCCCUUUUCUCUGUUCACGUAGAUGCUGUACGGAUUCUUAUCAAGGGUGUAACAUUAAAGUUUAUUUGUCUAAUCUGUCCUGAGAAGACUUGAUCAGAAUGUAUUUAUUAGUUAAACUUGGUUCAGGGUUUACUGUAGGCCUAGUUGAUAUUUCUUUAAGCUCGUUAUGUCAUGCCUAGUGAUCUUGGUACUCAUUAACUGGUGUUGGGGCGGUUUUCUUUGUUUUGUUUUUUUGUGCAAAUCAAGUUACUGUUAUUGUAUUUUAAUAUAUUGUUUAGAAGUCUGAACAGAAAAUUCACUUUUUGUCACAUGGAACAUAGACAAGCACUUGUUUUUAGCAUGCAAAUAGUUUCAACACUAUUGUCUAGGCUGCUAUUUCUUACAGUUUGUUGUAUUUAUUGUAAAUAUAUAAUAUUUAUCAAUUUUCUUUUGUUCAUGUUACAUCAUUGAAAAGGUGUCUUAUUAAGACUCCAGUCUCUUAGUGUCAUGUCUUCCCCAGGGAAUCUGCUUCUUUUUUUUUAUUUUUAUCAUAUUCAAGACAUUACUGAGCUCCAGCUCAAUUCAAAUCAGAGCUGCUGGAACCACUUCAACUUCUGUUCUACCACAAGAAACUGUUGUUCUCAAGCACAGCCGCACCGACACGGCACAGGCUACCUAUAGAAAUGAGACAGUGGCGUCAUUGUUUUGCCUCCCUUACAAGUUCCAGGUAGUUUUCAAGGGAUCAUUGUGUAUCUUUCUCCUAGCUGUGGAGAAGAAAGGGACUCCAUGUCUUUCUUUGCACUUUUCUGCAUUGGACAGAGCUGCUGGAAUGUGAUAAAUGCAUUUAGCAAGGGCUGUAAACAGGCGGUUUUGUUCUGAAGGCAUCAACAACCCAUUUCUCUGCAUUGAGGAGAGGCCUAUGAAGAUUAUGACAAUAGAAUCAACACCGCUAGAUUUAACUACACUGACUAUGUUCCCUGGUUUUCAUCUAGUGGCUUAUUUUUUUCUUUUUUUUAAUCAAGACUUCUUAGUAUGUUUUUUUUUUAAUUGAAGGAAAUCCUUUUUGCCUUGUCAGACAUUACUAAAAAAAAAAAAAAGUGUAUCUGAGAGUUUUUGUCCAGUGCUGACAUUGCAAAUUUUGAUCAUAAAUGAGUUUUCCCUCUUUUUUUUCAUGGGGAAACACUUUAGUUUGGUGCCACUCAGAACGGUUUCUGAUUCUCUGAUGUACAUUUUGUACAAUAGUAGAAGGACUAACAAUGUGUAAAGAAUUUUUCUUGUCCUUGUUUGCAGUCUUUAUUUAUACCUCCAGGAUGGUCACCAAAUGUGCCUUGUAGACACACAAAUAGGUGUUGCAUCUGGAGAAGCCUUUUUUUCCCACCGUUUUAUUUUUCAGAAAUAUUAAACAUAUGUUUCCCCCUUAACUGUAGGGGGUAAAGUUCAUAUUGCAGAAACAGAUGUCCUCUGACAUUAAACUAUUCAAAAUUGUUGUUCUUGUUGCUUUUUUUUUUAAACAUAUUUCAUGUGAAACUGUUACACUGAAAGCUCUGACUCUGUUUUAGUGCUGCUUUCUAAGAUAUGACACCGAGUUUUUGACAAUUUCUGUGAAUAAAUCUGUUCUAGUUGUGUUCAAAUGAAGUUUUUGUGUUGGCUCUCAUCAAGCCAGUACUACUGGGAACUAACAAUUUCUUUCUUUUUUGUUUUGUUUUUCUGUCUGUGUUGAAUGUGAAACAAAAAGAGAUUGUGACUUGAAACAGUUCUACCCUUGGAGGGCUACCUUCGCCUGAUUCAUGCUGUAUGAUCCUUCCGGUCUGAAAAUGACUGUUGAUCCUGGAAAUGUUGUCUACAGCAGGCUACAACUGUGAAAAUGUGCAAAAUCAUGAGAGAUAUUUAUUAUUACAAAUGCUUCUCGUGCAAAAUUUGACUGUCUGUUUUCAUUUGGUUUAAAAAAAAAAGAAAAAAAAAAAAGCUACAUGUCAAGUAAAAAACAAAACAAAAACCUUUUUAAUAGAAUUUGUAGAAGUGCCACUUGAAUUUAAUAUAAUUUUUUAAUAAGAGGUAUAUUUUAUAGUAAUCAAUUGCUUCGGUGUUAGUGGCGUAGAGAUUAGAGGACAAUCUUUAUGCGGAAUUGACGUUGCUUAGAUAUUGAGGCAAUUUUCUUUGAUCUAUAACUGUAAGUGCAUUUUCUUUGCCUUUGGAGAGUGCUUGUGUGAGUGUGCUGUGGAAAUGUGACAAUCUUGAUUUAGGUCUUUAUGGAGAAUAUUCAUAGAAUUAAAUGGAACAACUUUC